AUGUUUGGUAUUAAGACUUUGGUAACUUUAGCUUUACUGCUUGCAGCCACUUCAGCUGUAGACAUUACUGAAGAUCGUAUUGAUCGUGGUACUAUUGUCCUUACAUUGGGUAAUUAUCAUAUCUUCCCCGAAGUAUCUUGGUCAAUCAUUGAUAACACUAUAUCUACUUUUACUGGGAAUUUUGAUAAUGAUGGGAAUUUUUACAUCUCCACUCAAAAUUCUCUUGUAGGUUUACAAGUAUCAAUGACAAAUGCUUUAGGAACUUUUGAUAACUCCGGAGAGUUUGCUUUGAAUUCUUCUCGUACUUUGGUAUCUCCAACUUAUUCAUUAUUGUAUAAUAAUUUUGUUAAUACUGGUGAUAUGUGGUUUGGUGGUAUAAGUUCUACCCUUAAACCUGUUAUGCUGGUUCAAGCUCCAAAUUGGAGUAAUCAAGGGUUAAUGGUUUUCGAAUUAAAUCAAAGAAGUGCUAGUGGUGAAGUUUAUUUAGGGGCUUCAUUACAAGGUGCUUUUGGUGAUAUUACCAAUGAUGGUACUGUUUGUUUGAUUAAUCAAGUUUAUCAUCAAACUUCAGGUAUUCAAGGUUCUGGUUGUUUCGAUGUAGGUCAAAAUUCUAAUGUUUGGUUAGCAUCAUCUGAUGCUUUGGGUCUCACUUUUGGUGUUGAUACCGAUCAAACGUUUUAUUUAAGUUCUCCACAAUCAACUAUUAGAGCUGAAGCUUUAUCGUCAACUCAAACUUUCCGUGUUGCUGGUUUUGGUGGUGGUAAUAUCAUCGGUUUAUCAGUCCCUAUCACUGGAGUUCAAUAUAAUGGUAAUAUUUUAUCAUUGACUACUGGUAUCUUCCCAUUAACUUUCACUACCAGAUUUAUUAUCGGUCCUGGUUAUACUGCUGGUUUUACUACUGUAUCUUCAACUUUCGGUGAUAUUGGUUUAACCCUCCCAAUUAAUAAUGCUGUUAGAUAUAAUGGUCCAGUACCUAACCCAACCAGACCUGCUGCUUGUGCUGUUUGUAAACCAUUCCCUGAUGUUCCAGGAAUUGAUGAAUCAAGUUCAAGUUCAAGUACUGAGAGUAGUGAGAGUUCAAGUUCUAGUGAAUCAAGUGAAUCAAGUGAAUCCAGUGCUUCAUCUGAAGAAUCUUCCAGCAGUGAAGUUUCCAGUGAACCACCAGUCACUAGCGAAAGCUCAUCUAGUGAAACAAGUGAAUCUAGUUCUGAGGUCUCAAGUUCAAGUGAAUCUUCGACCGGACCUAGUUCAGAAUCUUCUGAGUCAUCUGAUACUGCUUCAUCCGUUGAUACUGCUUCAUCAUCUGACACUGCUUCAUCAUCUGAUACUGCUUCAUCAUCUGAUACUGCUUCAUCCGUUGACACUGCUUCGUCAUCUGACACUGCUUCUUCAUCUGACACUGCUUCUUCAUCUGACACUGCUUCUUCAUCUGAUACUGCUUCAUCCGUUGACACUGCUUCAUCAGAGUCAUCUGAAGAAUCCAGCUCAAGCACAAACCCAUUCUCAUCUGUUGGUGAUGAAUCCUCAAGCUCCGAAUCUAGCUCUGAAACCAGUUCCGAAGCAUCUUCAGAUAACGGAACAUCAUCUUCCGAGUCAAGCUCAGCUACAUCUUCCGCCGAUGACAAUGGUUCAAGUUCAAGUUCUGAUGACGGUAACGGAGGUGUUACUAGUUCUGAUGAUGGUAACGGAAGCUCUUCUAGUGAUGAUGGCAAUGGGGGAGUGACCAGUUCUGAUGACGGUAACAGUGGAGUCACUAGUUCUGAUGAUGGAAAUGGUGGUGAAACUGGAUCAUCAGACGAUGGUAAUGGAGGAGUCACUAGUUCAGACGAUGGUAAUGG